AUGGGUGCAGAACGAACCAAUCAGCUCCUGCGUCUUCCGAAUCCGCCCAGCGCUCCACACGUUGGCUCUCUAUGCCGUGUCGUAGGACCUCGGUUUCCCCAAUCACCUUCGUCCUACUCGUUGUCGCCCAUCGGUCAAGGAGCCCAGAAUCCACUCGAGCGCGUCGUCGGAGUCGAUCUCCUAAUGCAAGUUUGUCUCAGCUUCUGGGUCGAGACCGAGCCAAGCAUUCGCUUGAUCGACACGAACCUCCGUAAAAGACCUGCAGGGCCCGUCGGAAAGCGCCAGGCCGAGGCAACGCCGAGCCGCGAUCGUCGCAUCAAAAGUUCCCGCCCCGUGCUGCUGAUGACGUGUCACCUCAAUGCGCCCGCUCGUGAGAUUGCAUCGGCUCGUCAAGGCGUCAGCCGCUGCCGCAGUUGGAGCGUUGCGGAGGCCUCCUGGGUCAACCGUCGGAGAAGUCCGGCGGAUGUGGCAUUUUUGCCAUCGGCUGACAAGCUAUCACAACUGUUCUGA